AUGGCUUCACUCACGAGCGACGCCAAGUCCUCGGGCGUGUGGCUCAAGAGCUCGUCCAAGUCCAUGUCGCUCUCGCCCGAGGAGCUGUCGCUGAGCCUGGACUCGCUGCCCGCGGAGCUGCGCGGCGACCCGCUCGUGCUGCUGCACGCCGCGCUGCCGCCCGACCCCUUCGUGCUGGGCGAGCGCCGCGAGUACGGCUUCUACGGCCUCGAGCCGGACGGCGCGCUGCGCCCCGGCGGUCAGGUGCCGCUGCUCUCCAGACGCACAGUGGGGCUGCUGUUCAACUACGCGAGCAUCGGCGCGCUCUACGGCGGCCUCAACAGCGUCGUCGUGCCCUUCCUGAGCCACUACCUGGAGCUGGAGCAGUACCAGGUGCGCGGGGCGUCGACUAUGAUCAACGCGGCGUGGAACUUCAAGGCUUUUGGCGGACUGUUGACGGACAGCUUGAGGAUAUGCGGCUACAGGAGGAAGCCGUACUUGAUUGGUGGGUGGUCGUUGUGCCUGGUGAGUCUGCUGUACCUCGGAGUGAGUCGAAUGCCCGCAGCGGGGAAUACGGACGCGGCGUGGAGAUAUGUGCUGUUCUUGACGCUGGGGACGAUCGGCUUCUUCUUGGCGAACGUGGCGGCGGAUGGAAUUGUGGUGGAGAUCGCGCAGCGAGAGCCGUUGCCCUCGCGCGGACACACGCAGGUGUCGAUCUACGUUGCGAGGACGAUUGGGUUCAUCGUCAUGGAUUUAUUCGUCGGUGCAACGCUACAUGGACCAGCGUAUGGAGGAACGUUCUCGUGGUCGCUGAGCUUGAGCCAGGUCCUGUUGGUGCAGGCUGUGUGUGCGGCGGUGUCACUUGUGGGCUCCAUUUGGCUCCUGCACGAAGACCCGGCGGCGCAGACAGUGCCGGUUUUCUCCUUCACUGGCGUCGUCUCGUGCCCUGUAGGACCUGGAAGACAGCAUCCAGAUACGGCACGUCUUGACCCUUCGCUGGGCUUUGCCGCGCGCUGCCAGAUCAUUUGGAGACUUCUCCAGAGCCGCGCCAUGUGGCAGUUCUUGAUAUUUGAAUUCAUUGCGAGUUUCUGCGUGACGAUUGACUCGAGCGCAGCCCCGGCGAUUGAAGCUAACUGGGUCGAUGUCGAGGUGUGGCCGAAGACUGUUGCCUCAGCUGUGUGGUAUGUGGCGUUUGUGGGCGGGUUGCUCGCGACUCGGCGCUUCCUGGUGCGCGGAGCUUGGGGACACCUGUUCUGCAUUGCAACCUUUUGGGCGGUGGGUGUAGAGGUGAUCACGGUGGCGUGCACAGUGUUUCAUGUGGUGAGGAGGCGGGGUUUCUGGCUGUAUAUGCCAGUGUUGGCAGCACCGGCAAUGGCUCUACGUUUCAUGGUCUUGGUGUUCCCGAUUGUUGAACUGGCCCCGCGUGGGAUCGAAGCCACCACUUAUGGUCUGGUCAUCACGUUCCGUAACAUGGCUAUUUCUCUGGGGACGACGGUGUACAAAGCUAUUGACUCGCACUUCUCCGUCUCCGACGAGGCCGUCCACAACGACUCCGAGUCCACGCGCAUGCAGGUCACCUACACGUACCUUAUCGUGUGGGCUUUCCAGCUCUUCAGUCUCGCUUUCAUUGGCCUCCUUCCCCGUCAGAAGCUCGAGGUGCAGCAGCUGCGUUACUACGGAGGCUACAGCACUUCAGGCGGGUGGUUCGUGAUCAUCGUGCUAUUCAGCGUCCUUAUCUACAUAUCCACCGUGAACGUGAUGUCACUAUUCAAGAGUACGUCUUGCCUACGGAUGACUGGGGGCUCUGGCUGUUAA